GGAGUAUGGGUGGGUGUGGGUGUGGGUGGGUGCGGGUGUGGGUGGGUGCGGGUGUGUGGGUGUGUGGGUGUGGGUGGAUGUGGGUGUGGGUGGUGUGGGUGUGGGUGUGGGUGUGGGUGUGAGUGUGGGUGUGAGUGUGGUUGCUAUUUAUCUCUAUAAUCACACCCACAUCCACACCCACCCUUUCACUCCACUCAUGUCAUUAGAUGACAUCGAAACUUGUAUGAGACAGAGAAUUUGACCUAUUUAACAAAGUGGCUUACAUGAGGUUCUACCUAAUUUCCUAUAGAGCAGAAGGCACUAAAAGAUGUGGAUGUGAGAUGCGGAUGUUGUUGAAGAAAUGAUCAACACCUGUAUCCACACUCCACGCCUACACCAUGAAAUAGCGGAUUCGAUGAAAUGUAAAAAGAAGUUCGCGAAAUUAUUUGAAAUACAUCGGAUCGACUCAGUUUUCGGUGUUAAUUUCAAAUCUCUUAUUAGUUGCAGUACCAAUAGUAAUAUUCUGACUAAGAAAUUUGCUAAAUACCAAUCAAAAAGACAUAAAGCUAUGUCUAGAACAUGAUGUAAAUUAGUUGAUCAGUGUUCUUUGACUUUGAAAAAUAUAUAAUUUGGUAGCUUUUGAAAAGCAUCAUCGAUUGGUAUAUACAGGUUUAUUGCAGCGCAAGUCCCUAGAUCUCUAUUAGUCAACAGGUCACUCAGUAGAACUAAAUUUCUAGUUAACACACCACUCAAUGGCCAAGUUUUUCAAUAAGUUUUCACUUACAGUAUUUGAUGCAGAAUUUAAUGUUUCCUUCGAUGAUAACAAUCGAAAAAUAGAAGUAAUAUUGUUGUGCAAAGUUAUUGGAAAGAUAUUUCACGAUAUUGAUGACUACUUGGACGAUGAAAAACCAAAAGUAGUAUUUUUUAUCGCAUAUUACUUUAGAUAUCAUUAACUUGAUUUGAUAUGAUCGCAAAACGAUUCACCAUAAAAUUCUGCAUCAAACUAUGCAUAGAGUUCAAUCGUACAAUAAUAAACAGAUUGUGGUCUUAUGCAUAUACCUACUUGUAAGAAUGAGUAAUAACUAUAAAUGUUUUCUUUAACGCUAAUCCAACCACCUCGAAUUCUUUCUUCCAGACUAAAGGAAGUAGUUUAAAGAUAUAUGUUACUCUCAGCUACAUAAAAUACCAAUCGAUGAAAUGAAAACGUCGAUGGUGCUAUUAAUGUAGCGUUAACACUCUUAUUCAUUAACAGUGCGUGAAUAAUUUAUACUACGUAGUAUCCCUACCUUGCAUUAUAUAUGAAUAGUAUAUGAUUAAAUCACAUUAGUAUCAUUGUGUGCAUUGUUGAUUUUGGGUCUUUUUCGAGUUACCAAUCCAUACUUAUCGAUGAGAAAAUCGAUUCAUAUUCGGUAGUAAACAGUAUUGCGGUUCAGUGAAGGAUGCAUUGAAUAAAUAUAAUCCAUCCGUUGUGCCUAAGGGUGUCAUUUAAUCUUUAUUUUACUUUGAAAAAGUGAAGUAUAGUUGAGUUACUUUACUUUACCGGCUAAAGUAAAGAAAACGUCCUACUCCUAGUUGUGCUGAGACAGUAUCUAGAUGAAACUGAUAGAACUUAUGCAUUUUAUAGGGUGCAUAUAUUAGAAUGAACUUCCUAAAUUGAUCCUCUAUUCUAUAUUCAGGGUUUUCAAAGUAUAUAAAAUUAUUAUAGUCAUAGAAAUCCACAUAAAUAUUUAUCUCACCUGAAUAUUCAUUUCUUCCAUAGGUUUAGAGUGAUUCAUAAAAUACGUCGAGUAAAAGCUGACCUCCAACCCGUCCUCACUUCCGGUAUUAUUGGACUAUCCAUUUUCCCCAUCAAACAAACUUAGUGAAAACAACGAUUUAGCUACGUUAAGUAAAUAAAGUAGCAAACAUCUUCUUACACCAUUUAUUAAAUGACUGUAAAUGAAGUUCGCGUCUUCGCAGUUGACACUACCGAUAGUCAAAGUUAAAAUUCUUAGUCAAAAUACAUUAAAAACUGCUUCUUCAGGAUUUUAGUGUUUGCCUUUUUGUUGAACUUCGUUUUCUUCGUUGUUAACGGCUGCCUCUUUUUGCCAAAAUAUUUUUCUUACCAAAGAUGGAAACUCCUUUGUAGGUGCCUCUUAACGUGAAACAAGACUUUUUCAAGUGCCCAUAAAGUUACUACAUAGCUGAGACAUUUUCAAAGGAUCACAAUGGCUGUGUGGAAGUGGUUGUCAACAAUUUGGAGCUGGCUAGUAACAAUGUUCCAAGUUACUACAAGAAACAGAAAUGUCUCUCGAUUACAAUUGCCUCGUACAAUAUCUGACACAUCUCCCAAAUUGAAUUGGGAAAAACUACGCAGGUAGAUCAAUUCUGAUGGUGUUUACGACCUUCACAAUAUUCUACGUCGAUGAAAUAGAUUAGACUAGUGUUAAUGGCAUUUUACUAUUGAUGAAAAUGAUAAUGCUAUAAAAGUAGCCAAAAGAUUUCAUCAGGAAUUACAGAAAGCAAAAUUAUCUUCGAGUAUACCCGGUAAAAUAGAUAUGAUAGAGGAAACGUUUCCAAGAAGCCCGUCAGGAAGACAGUCCAUUACCGGUCAUCAAAGCCUACACCUGAUCUCAAUCACUUAGUCGUCGUCUAAAUAAACAUUCAGCUAUAAAUACAUAUCAUUCACUAAAGCUCUAUGGUACGUUAUUGAACUGUUCAAUUUUGACUCAGACAUAAGAGUAUACAGAAGCUUUUACUAGUCUUUUUUUAUUAUUCAAAAUUAGACCAACUCCUUGUUCGAAAUAUAACAGUUUAUCGUGGUACAGUUCUUCUAGAUGAGAAACCUAUAGCCAAUUACAAGAAAGUUGUCACAAUAAUAACAACAACUUUUUUAUCAACAUCUACAGAUCCUGUUGGAAAUAUGAUAUCAAUAUCAAUAUUUUGCACAUAUAAUAAUAAUAAUACUCGUUGUACAGCGCUCAAUCCGGAAAAAUUAACCAAUUUUGAACAUGAGCAGUAA